CAACCUCCUACGAAUUUCACCUUUCCACGAGAAUCUUCAUCAACGCAUAUCCCGAUCUCUCAACGCACUUAUCCUACGGUCUUCACGAUGGGGGAUGCUAUGGUCGAAAAUCCUGCAACUCAGGUGCUGCCGCACCGAAAACACAUGCAAUCCUCGAUACCAAACAUCGACUCCCUGGAAGGUUUAGGAACGGAUGGAAGUGAUGAAUAUUCUACUCUGAAGAAGCUGGAGCGGCAUAUGGAAUAUAUCCAGCUCCAAGAAGAGUAUAUUAAGGACGAACAACGGAGCUUGAAGAGAGAGCUGGUCCGGGCACAAGAAGAGAUCAAGCGAAUUCAGAGCGUGCCCUUGGUGAUUGGGCAAUUUAUGGAAGCCAUCGAUCAGAACACCGGCAUCGUGCAAUCAUCAACAGGAUCUAACUAUGUCGUACGAAUCCUCUCUACACUCGAUCGCGAAAAACUCAAGCCUUCAUCCUCUGUCGCCCUCCACCGCCACUCAAACUCUCUAGUCGAUAUCCUUCCCCCCGAGGCCGAUUCCUCCAUUGCAAUGCUUGGUCAAGAUGAGAAACCAGAUGUUACAUAUGCAGAUGUUGGUGGACUUGAUAUGCAGAAGCAAGAAAUUCGUGAAGCGGUGGAACUCCCGCUCACUCAACACCACCUCUAUGCUCAAAUUGGAAUUGAUCCACCUCGCGGCGUCCUCCUUUACGGCCCCCCCGGAACAGGCAAGACAAUGUUAGUGAAAGCUGUUGCCAACUCCACCACAGCCAACUUCAUUCGGGUCGUCGGCUCCGAAUUCGUGCAGAAGUACCUCGGCGAAGGCCCACGAAUGGUCCGAGAUGUGUUUCGAAUGGCAAGAGAAAAUUCACCAGCGAUAAUCUUCAUCGAUGAAAUAGACGCCAUCGCCACAAAGCGAUUCGAUGCCCAGACUGGCGCUGAUCGAGAAGUCCAGCGUAUCCUGCUCGAGCUACUUAACCAGAUGGACGGAUUUGAUCAGACAUCAAAUGUCAAGGUCAUUAUGGCCACCAAUCGUGCUGACACUUUGGAUCCCGCUCUCCUCCGCCCUGGCCGUCUCGACAGAAAGAUCGAGUUCCCCAAUCUCCGAGAUAGACGAGAACGUAGAUUGAUUUUCACUACCAUCGCAUCCAAGAUGUCCUUGGCUCCUGAGGUGGACCUCGACAGUCUGAUUGUACGAAACGAUCCUCUGAGUGGUGCGAUCAUUGCGGCGAUCAUGCAGGAGGCUGGUCUCAGAGCCGUGAGAAAGAACCGAUACAACAUCAUUCAGAGUGAUUUGGAGGAUGCUUACUCCGCUCAGGUGAAGACAUCUCAGGAAGCGAAGUCGUACGAUUUCUACAAAUAGAGGGCAGUUUGAGAGUGUUUGUUGGGUGGAUCAGGGACAUGGGUGGGUGAGAGGCUUGAAUGUGUCAACAAAAAUCGGAACAUUGAGUCUCACAACCUGGCCAUUCAGACGAGAGAAAUGGGAGGAUGGGAUUAUAAGAAAGGAGAUCUGAACUACAGUGAUGGCUCAACGCUUCGCAUUAGAUUCAGCUGUACCAAUAAUACCAAAAACAUAACCAGUCUGUAAUCCAAUAGAUUCUGCCUUCUACAUAAC